AUGCUGUCACGGGUUGUCCGGCGCCGACUGGCACCUAUUGCGAGGACGAGCCUUUCCACCGAAUCGAGAAUCGCGCCGACCAGGUGCCUCCAGAGAAGAUGGUUGACACCGGCUCCCAGGCCUGGAGAUGGGCCGCUCAUGUCCCGAAGAGCGGAUCGUGAGCUUCCAGAUGUCGCCCAGAUCGGCUUCCGCUGGCGCCGCACCAUGCCCAUCUUCGUCGCCCUCAUCGCCAUCGCCUCGGCCGCCAUGUUCAACUACCAGAAGUCGUCGUCGCCCGUCAUCGCCUCGACCAUGUACGCCCUGCGCACGAGCCCGCGCGCCCGCGAGGUCCUGGGCGAGGAGAUCUACUUCAAGCACCAGAUCCCCUACAUCCACGGCGAGAUGAACCAGAUGAAGGGCCGCAUCAACAUCUGGUUCACCGUCAAGGGGACCCGGGGCUGGGGCACCAUGCGCUUCGUGAGCAACCGGCCCACGCACCGGGGCAUGUUCGAGACCUCCGAGUGGAGUCUCGAGACUGAGGACGGCCGGACGAUCAACCUCUUGGAGGGUGGUGACCCCUUCAGGGGACUGCUCACCGAUGAGGAUGAUCAGGCGUUCGAGGCGGAGGAGGCUUCGAGGAGGGGUUUCAGACAGCAGGGUGCCCUCAAUCGGUGA